AAGAUCAUAAAUGGUAAUGAAGACGCUAACUCUGUAGUAAAGUACCAUUUCAAAGAGCCGUUUGUUACCAAAGCCUUACAAAUUUUGCCGGAUGUUGACACCUCGCAGGAGGUUUACUUAAGAACAGAAAUAUAUGGAUGUCUUCCUACUCCUGGUAAUGGCGUUAUCAUAGUGCACUGAUAACUAAUGAUUUAAUAAAAAAAAUAGUGGAUGAUGUUCGUCUAAUAUCCGGAAUAAUCAAGGUCGAGGCGGAUAUCAGGAAAACCAAUUCUAAUACUUGUUUUAUUAUACAUUGGUUUGAAAAAAUAACGACAAGUUCCUCUUCACACGGAAGAAAGUUUGAUAUUGCUCUUGCAAAUCAGUGUGCAUUGUUCGCGCGACCUUCAGAUUUGUCGGCAAUUGGCUAGCAAAAAACUGACUAAUUGUAGGUUGCGCUGAUUUCCACAAUUAAUUGAAAUAUCUCAGCUAAUGAGAAUUCAGACAGUAAGAACCAUGUGAAAGUAAAUAAUGCAAGUUAAAAUGACACUAGAACACCUAUGUAGAAUAAAUACUACUUUAUGGAGGGCAAGUAUUGAGUCAUGAUCAAAGAUCUUGUCCAUGACCCGACUCAUUUUUAACGAAGAAUAUUUCCCUUAGCAAAUACUAAACACUUAAUGACUGGUUCCGAAGGAAACAGUUAAUUUUGCUGCGCCUCGGUUUGAACAUUGAAAUUGGAGGGAAACAAAAUUAACUGUUUCCCAAGGGACCAAUCUUUAAGUGAUUUGUUAUAUAGCUGUAAAUUUUGAAGCUGGAAAUUCAUUAGACCUCAGCGUAACAGUGGUCGUCGGUCAACAUUCGCAGAUAACAUUGCAUUGUUACUCUCAGACGUCAUAGAUUUUUUGCAAUGUUGCCCUCUCGGCGAUUUUGGCAGGGAACAGUUUCAUUGUUAGAUGUCAUGUUACCUGGAAUUAACCAACAAGAGCGCGCGCUGUUAAGAAGAAAUUUUCAGCUAUAAAACAUUUGGAUAUAUGUCACUAUCACUACAAAUCAGUAUCUAUCCAGCAACAACAAAACUUUUAGUAUACCAAAAAAAGAACAGGAAUGGAGAUUUCAAGACCUUUGUAAUUUGAUUGUAAUUUGAGUGUCAUUUGUUCGUUCUGUGCAAAGUAAAUUAUAUUAAUUAAGGAAUUUAUUAAGCAACCGUGACACUGGGUAAGUUAUAAUUUUUUUAUCAAAGUAAACCGACAGCCUAAAUUAGGCCUUCCAUUGAAUCUUAUGUAAGUCCCGUAAACCCAUGGUUUAAACUAGCACCCCAUUUAAGUUUUUAGCUUUCAUGUCUCCUUCAUUUAAAAUGUAACUUCUCUCUGUUCUGUUUUUGUUUAGAUUGCAUCCUGGUGGGUUCAAUGUUUUGGGGACUGUGGUCGCAAAGAGAUCACUCAAAUAAUUACUACAAGGCUUUCAUCUUAGGGACAAAUUACACUCAUAUUGAGUUCAUCUUGGAAUACAAUAACGGAUUUAAUAAAGUGUACAAACGGACUGAUCAAGUACUCAUAAUAGAUAAGGUUCCAGAAAGGAAUGAAGUAUCAGUCAAAACGUCAGUUAUAGCUGUUCACAAACCUGCAAAGCCAGAGUGGUACCGAACUGGUAUCGUAAUGAGUACGUUUGCUUCAAUGGUGUCAGUAAGGUUUGAUGACGGUCAUUUCGGACGGGUUUCUCUACAAGAGCUUCGCUUAGUUAAACGACCACGACUUUGUCAAGCAAAGCAUCUAAUACAAGGUUUGUAACGAAUACUAAAACUCGCAGCCGGUUUCAUAAUUGUGCCAACAUAGAUGAGCGUCACCCUCGUAAUGUUGCCACAAUCAUCCUACCUGUUCUUUCCUUGUUAUUGUGUUGAGGUAUUACUGCUAACAGGGAGUAGCGAAUUUAAGCACCACGUUUUCCCUCACGUUUGCCUUUUCCCGGCGUCUUUAAUCAGGAAAGCUGCUUGUGCUUUAGCUUCGCGUAUACCCCAAAUACGUAGCCCUCCAUGCCAUCCAGGUGGAAUUCAUCUUCAAUGGUCAACUGGGAGGGAGUCGGUUUUCUGUUAGCUGAGAUGGCGUUUGACUUUCCUUUAUCAAUUUGUUUAUGAGCAGCAUGAAAAUUAAACCAGCAUUUUUCAAACACGUCCGUUUUUACUUGCGUCUUUUCUGGACGUGAAGACCAGUCUAUUCACCUGUCAAAUUAAACGGCAAACGUGAAGAAUGGCGGGAAAAAAGUUGAUCACGUGUAGCCCAGCCCGCUUACAAUCCCUCUCUUUCCUAUUUUUCGCGCUUUGCGCACACUGUCCGAGUUGAAAAAAAAUUGUGGACAGGCUAGAUCACGUGGAUAUCUCUGUCCUUUACCUUAAAAGUGUUUUUAAAUCUCUAUCUCGAUACUGUCAAACUUCCACUAACGGCCACCUCUCGGCAACAGCCAUUAAUUUUUGUCCCGGUAGAUAGUCCAUACAUUGGCUCUUGUUUAAACCUCUCUACAACGGCAACGGCCACUAAGGCGUGUCCCAACUGCCAAAAUAAGCUCUCGACAACAGCCAGAAUUUUUUCAGCAACUGACGAGAAAGUAAAGAAUGGUCGUGAAAAUUGAUUCGUUUGGUACGUUGAUGAUUAAUCGCGGUAAUCGUACUUUGACUGUGUUCCAUUUAUGCUGCUGCAGCGUAAUCAUAAAUUUUCUACGAUACUCAUAGUCAAUGUUGCGAACCUUGUUCGUUUUGUCACGUUAACAUUUUGAUACAAAACGCUAUUCGAGUUUGUUGUGCAUUUUAUCUCUAUAUAUUAUUUAUAAUUGGAUUACCAUUAUGGGAUACAGUAAGCAUGAACUUAGCACGAUAAACAUGUUGUACGCACUAGAACAAAUUGGGUCCCAUUACACCCCUACCUGUCCAUAACGGCCACCUCUCCACAGCAGCCACUUUCUUCUGUCCCCAAGGUGGCCGUUGUGAAGAGGUUCGACGGUAUUUUGAAAGUCGUUUAAGCGUAAAAGAUAGAUCACUAUAAUUUUUUGCUUUACCAGAUCAUAGCAACAUUACUACUACUGACUAUGUCGCUAGUCCAUAACUAUGGCGCGAGACCUUAAUGGCGUAGCUACACUUAUUUUAAAAAUGUAUUCCAAAUUUGAUUAUAUUCAUUUUUUUUUUUGCUAAAAUAGAACUGCUAUAAUCCUUCAUCUUUGCAGGUAGAUUGUUCACCUGAUUUUUACUAGCAAGUCUAAAACUAGUGAAUGAAUAGAAUUUCGAAAUUUUCUCGAGAUACAGAAAGUAAACAUCAACUGGUGCUAUAUACCGUAUUUUGUUUUAUAAUCAAUUUGACCCUUAUUACGUCCUACGUUCCUCCGUAUUCCAAACACUGUUAUUGGUUGGUCGUUUGAGUAGUGUCUGGGUGCGGAAUGGAACAAUCAAUAAUUUUCACGCCUACGCCCAUCGCGUAUGUCUGGCGUGUUUUCCAGUCAUGGAAACUCAUUUUACGUAGAAUAGUCCUCCCAUAUUUCUAUGAAGCAACAGUUAAAAUUGACACUGACAAGUCACAUUUCAAUUUGGUCUCUCACAGAUAUCGAUGAAUGCCGUCAGAAAUUUAAAGGUAACUGCAGCCAUAUGUGUGUCAAUAGUCCAGGAAGUUACUAUUGUAAGUGUCCAAAUGGAUUCCAAAUGUCACAAGACAACAAGACUUGUAAAUGUCCAGAAGGUUUCCAGGAGUCGCCCAACAGGACAAUGUGCUUGGGUAAGUAUCAUCAAAAAGAGUGUGGCAGGUAGAAAAGAGGACAACAACUAAUGACGUUUAUCCAUCCUUAACCAACCUCACCGUCUGAAAAAACUGACUUCUCGUCCUUUAAAACCUUUGCGACAAUUGUAUGAACUCGCUCAAGCUAAGAUGGCCAUAUUAGAAUUUUUCGCCUUACCGUUCACGUUCUAAAUAAACGUAAAAUCUCUCCAUUUCUUGUAAAUUAUCUUCAUAUUUUAUUUUGUAAUGAAAGAACAAUUUCGUAUUUAUCAAUCUGUUCAUUCAAUUUGCUGUUUUAAUCAGUUAUUAAACAUGACGUUAAAAGUUUAUGUUUUUUUUCUAGUCGUCGAAAAUCAGCAUUAUACAUGGAAUAAUCCUCGCGUAUAUACUGUUAUACAGCAACAAUUAGUGGUGGAGUUUAUGUUAGUGGUGGCAGUGUUAUUGGUAGUUUUAUAAAAGGUAGUGGUAGUGGUGAGGGUAUUGUUAAUGGUGAUGGCAGUGGUAGUGUUAGUGGCUUUUGCGAUAGUGGUGGUCGUUGUGGCAGUGAUAGUGAUAGUGGUGGUGGUGGUGUUAGUGGUGGUUUUUGUGUUAGUGGUGGGGUUUGUGGUAAUGGUGGUGUUGGUAGUGUUAUUGGUAGUUAUUUACAGGAUACUGGUAUUGUUAGUGGGGAUGGCAGUGUUAGUGGUGGUGGUGGUGGAAGUGGGAUUAGUAGAGCAAUAGUAGUGAUGGGGGUGGUGGUAGCGGUAGUGGUAGACGAAAUGGUAGUGCAUGUGGUGACCUUUGAUCAGCUCCAUUUUCAGCAGCUCCCAUACCUCNUUGUGGCAGUGAUAGUGAUAGUGGUGGUGGUGGUGUUAGUGGUGGUUUUUGUGUUAGUGGUGGGGUUUGUGGUAAUGGUGGUGUUGGUAGUGUUAUUGGUAGUUAUUUACAGGAUACUGGUAUUGUUAGUGGUGAUGGCAGUGUUAGUGGUGGUGGUGGUGGAAGUGGUAUUAGUAGAGCAAUAGUAGUGAUGGGGGUGGUGGUAGCGGUAGUGGUAGACGAAAUGGUAGUGCAAGUGGUGACCUUUGAUCAGCCCCAUUUUCAGCAGCUCCCAUACAUCCUCUCUUACGCUAUUACGCUAAAAUUGAACCUGAUAAUGACCUUCUUAUCUGGGCCGUGCUCCUGCGACCAUUCGAUUGGCUGUCAGGCUGUUGUUGCAAAGCGUAACGAGAAAUUUUUUUUUUUAGGGGGGGGGGAGGUUGGGGAGGGUUUUCAUGUAAGGUUUAUAUCAGGCUCUCCGGUUAAAGGGAAACGAAAAUAGAGUCUGAUCUCAAAUUAUGUUUGAGGUGAUAUUAGAAGCGGCACCAUGCAGUACAAACAGUUGCAGUAACAGUACUGAGCAGUAGAAGCAGCUGUAGAAGUAAAACAGUUAAUGUGAAGGACUUAUAACCACUUUAUUUCUUUCUCUCUCUCUCUUUUUUUUUUUUUUUUUUUACAGAUGUAAAUGAAUGCCAUACCGAUGUUAAAGGCAAUUGCAGCCAUUUAUGUGUUAAUAGUCAGGGAAGUUACUAUUGUAAGUGUCCAAAUGGAUUCCAAAUGUCUGAUGACAACAAGACUUGUAAAUGUCCAAAAGGUUUCCAAGAGUCUAAUAACAGGUCCAUUUGUCUGGGUAAGUAG